UUCGCUAUGAAAGCUACCAGUUCUACGACGGCACGGCCGACGUCAGGAUCGGCUUACAGGGUGGCUCAUCUUCACCAACAGAAAGCAAUGGAAGCAAGCACAGAAAGACCCUAAUCAUCAUUCUAUGCGUGUCCAUUACGGUGUUCUGUUCUAUGUUGGUUUGCUGCCUUCUACUCAUGAGAAGGCUAAGAAAAGGAGCUGGAAAGACGAAAUUAGAACAAGCACAUAAGAGGAACAACUCCAAGACAGAGGAGGCACUGAAGCUCUGGAAGAUCGAAGAGAGCAGCUCAGAAUUCACGUUGUACGACUUCCCUGAGCUCGCUGCUGCCACGGAUAAUUUCUCCGAAGAGAAGAAGCUCGGACAAGGCGGCUUCGGUCCGGUGUACAAGGCAAGUGGAUAUGCCAUUUACCAUGUAAUGUGAUCGAUCGAACGCUAUUCUUUUUGUUACCAUUGUGUUUCUUUUCAGGGAAUGUUUUCUGAUGGAACCGAGGUGGCGGUGAAGAUGCUCGCGGCGCAGUCUGGGCAGGGCCUUGUUGAGUUCAAGAACGAGAUCCAGCUCAUUGCCAAGCUGCAGCAUACCAACCUCGUCAAGCUCGUGGGUUGCUGCGUGCAGGAGGAGGAGAAGAUGCUGGUGUAUGAGUACAUGCCUAACGGAAGCCUAGACUUCUUUAUCUUCGACCAAGAGCGGGGGCCCUUGUUGGACUGGAAGAAACGGCAACACAUAAUCGAAGGGAUCACGCAGGGGCUCCUGUACCUGCACAAGCACUCGCGGGUGCGCAUCAUUCACCGGGACAUGAAGGCCAGCAACAUAUUGCUGGACAAAGAUCUCAACCCCAGGAUCUCCGACUUCGGCAUGGCCAGGAUCUUCGGCUCAAACGUGGUGGAGGUCAACACCAACAGGGUCGUCGGCACCUACGGUUAUAUGGCACCUGAGUAUGCUUCGGAGGGCCUCUUCUCGGUCAAGUCUGACGUCUUCAGCUUUGGUGUGUUGCUGCUGGAGAUAGUGAGCGGAAAGAGGAACGGCAGCGGCCACGGCCAGCACUACGGAGAAUUUGUCAACCUCCUCAGCUACGCAUGGCAGCUGUGGAAGGAUGGGAGAGCGUUGGAGCUGGUCGACCCGACGCUGGGCCACUGCAACGAGCAGGUGACGGACAUGAUGCGGUGCGUCAAGGUGGCGCUGCUUUGCGUGCAGGACAACGCCAUGGAUCGGCCGACGAUGUCAGACGUGACGGCGAUGCUGGGCCACGACGGGGUGCCCUUGCCGGACCCGAGAUGGCCGCCGCAUUUCCACCUCAGGGUCACCAGCGACGAUGAAGAGGACCGUGCGGGCAGGUCAGGGGUGCGGACACGGUCGACGCACUUCACCGGAUCGUGCAGCACCAACGACAUGACCAUCAGCACCAUCCAAGAAGGGAGGUGAUUGCUUUCUCCUAUUCCAGAUGCUGAGGGAAGAACCACGUGUGUCUGUCUCAGUGUCUGUGUAUGUUGAAAGGCAGACGGAUUGUGUAGGUUUGAGAUGUUUCCGGCCAGGCUGUCGACGGUGUCAUCACCGUUGUUGUACAGAUUAUACGCUAUAUAUUGCAUGGCACAAGAUGAGCCGUAAAAUUGUACGAACUAUACUUCUGGCUGAGGCUGGACGUACCGAGCGGGCCAAAAAGCCAGCUUCUGGACCGCCCGAACCGGACCGAAAUUGGAGGACCGAUUGAAAAAAAAACCUGUCCGGUUUGUAAAAAGAUGCCCGAAAA